GAACUAAACUUAGAACAAACAACGCAAAAAAUCAAGCAGAAACUCAUUCGUACCAGAAAAUUGUUCUAAACAUGUCCGGUGGAUACCCCCAACACCCUCCCGGCUACGGCUACGGCGCCCCUCCCGCUCAGCCCUACUCAGCCGCUCCUCCAUACACUGCCGGCGCCCCGCCACCGCCUCAACCCUACGGGACCCCAUACGCCGCUGCACCGUACGGCGCACCUUCUGCUCCCUAUGGUGCCCCUCCUGGGGAGAAGCCGCCAAAGGACAAGCCUCAGGCACACGGUGUCGGAGGCGCUCCUCCAGUUCACGGUGGAAGCUAUCCUCCUGUAGGAGGUUACUCAAGCCCUUUUGCGGCUCUGGUACCGUCGGCGUUUCCGCCAGGGACAGAUCCUAAUGUCGUGGCUUGCUUUCAAAUGGCCGAUCAAGAUGGGAGUGGGUUUAUUGAUGAUAAGGAGUUGCAAAGUGCGCUUUCUUCAUAUAACCAAAGCUUCAGUUUGAGAACUGUUCAUUUGCUCAUGUAUCUCUUCACUAAUUCCAAUUCCAGAAAGAUCGGUCCUAAAGAGUUCACUGCAGUGUUCUACAGUCUUCAGAAUUGGAGGGCCAAUUUUGAGAAAUUCGAUAGGGACAGGAGUGGUAAAGUCGAUGCCAAUGAAUUGAGAGAGGCACUCCUGAGUCUAGGAUUUGCAGUCUCUCCUGUUGUAUUGGAUUUGCUUGUAUCCAAGUUUGAUAAAACUGGAGGCAAGAGCAAGGCCAUUGAAUAUGACAACUUCAUUGAGUGCUGCCUUACUGUUAAAGGACUAACUGAGAAAUUCAAGGAGAAGGACACUAUGUACAGUGGUAAUGCGACGUUUACAUAUGAAGCUUUCAUGCUGACCGUUCUGCCAUUCCUAAUUGCUUAGGUGUUGAUGAGGCUUUGCGUUUGUGGUGUAAUUUCCUUUAGGUCUUCCAAGUCCUGCUUUAAGUUCACUUAAGAGUUUUCCUUUCUAUAACAAAAUAAAACGUAAUCGUUUGAAGUACUUGUGUUGUCACUCUUUUGAAUUCAAUGCAAAAUAUUAUGCAGUUUUCAUGUUCAA